UUUCUCUUCAAGAAAUACAUAGGGAUAAGAUUAACAAUUAUUUCCAGUUGCAGCAACAAAUAUGGCAGCUAUGUCAAUAACCAAAAACGCCAUAUUCAAUUACCUUUCCAAGACUUUUCCUCAAUACCCUUCGCUCUUUCUCCAUCGUAAUGUUUCACGUGUUUGCUUCUCCUCGUCCCCUACUUAUUCCGAGGGGUAUCAUGCGUCAGAUGAUUAUAAAAGAAAACCAGACUAUGAUAAAGGUUAUAACGACGAUAAGACCGUGGCAGAUGCUGGGGAUAGGAUUGCUGAGAUGACUGAGAAAACCAAGAAAAGCAUGGAAGAAUCCAUGGAAAAAACUUCAAAGAAAAUUGAAGAAGCGAAGAAAAAGUCGAAGAGUACAAGUGCAGAUAGCAUAAAGGACAAGACAAGUGAAUUGGCACAAGAGACCAAAGAUAACGCAAAAACUAAAGCACAUGAUAUCAAGCAAAAGAUUAAAGACACGCCGCAGCCUAUAGAGGAGACUAAGGAAAGAGCAAAGAAGAAAGCUCAAGAAGUGAAGCAAAAGACUAAAGAUACGACGGAAACUAUGGCGGAUAAAGCACAAGAUAUGAAGAAGACGACUAAGCAGAAAAUGCAGGACGUAUGGGGUGCAGCAAAGGAGACAACGCAGAAAAUUAAAGAAACUAUGGUUGGUAAAUCGGAUGACAAUGAUAAAAAAUCAAUUGAUGAUUAUAUUGAAGAUCAUACUGGAAAAACAAAGGAAGAAGAUGUAGUGAAGUUGAAGAGACGUACAAGAGAGUCUGAUAACAAGAAAUAUUGAAAUAGGAGGUGGAAAAUGUUUAGCUAAGGUGUUUAAUAUAGUUGAACUCUUUUAUCUCUUCAUUUUGUUUUCAUCAUUGCUUUUUGCUUUUUACGUAUAUACUACAUAAUAUGUUUUCCCUGAUAUUUGGAAUUCUUUUAUAUUUA